CCUCACCGCUCGGACGCCUGGUGAGGGCCCUGCGCCGGUUCAGCCAUGGGGUGGGUGUUGUGUGGGGUCCUGCUCGCCUGGGUGUCGGUGGCUUGGGUGAGAACAGCUGAGCGGUCCCAGGAGCUCUCCUCGUCUACAGGGUUUCCAGACUGCAAGAAGGCCCUGAAGCUCCCAAGUCUGGAGGUCCUGCCCGGGGGGGGCUGGGAUAAUCUGAGGAAUUUGGAUAUGGGCAGAGUCAUCAACCUAGGCUACUCACUGUGCAAGACCACAGAAGAUGGAUCUUAUAUCAUCCCAGAUGAGAUCUUCACUAUCCCUCGCAAGCAGAGCAACCUGGACAUCAACUCUGAGAUCAUCGAGUCCUGGAAAGAUUACCAAAGCAUCACCUCCGCCUCCAUCAACCUGGAACUGUCCCUCUUCUCCUCCAUCAAUGGCAAGUUCUCUUACGACUUCCACCGGACCAAGACUCACCAAGUGAAAGACCGUGCUGUCACCACCCGAGUGCAAGUCAGGAAUCUGGUUUACACUGCCAAGAUCAACCCAGGGGCAGUCCUGGACAAGGGCUUCAAGAAGCAGCUGCUGACAAUUGCCAGCCACCUGGAGAACAACCAGACACGGAUGGCUGAUUUUCUGGCCGAGGUGCUAGUGCUUAACUACGGCACCCACACCAUCACCUCUGUGGACGCCGGAGCCAGCUUGGUGCAGGAGGAUCAGAUCAAGGCAACCUUCCUGAAGGACAGCUGGGCCACACGGAGCACUGUCACUGCCUCAGCCGGUGUUGCCUUCCACAGCAUCAUCAGUGUAAAAGAGGAGGAGUCCCUGGACGUCAGCUCUGGCUUCACCAAGCAGUAUAUGGGGAACCGCACCAACUCCAGAGUAGAGAGCAUCGGUGGGACCCCCUUUUACCCAGGCAUCACCCUCAAGACCUGGCAGGAAGGAAUCAGAAACCAGCUGGUGGCUCUAGACCGCUCGGGGUUGCCCCUGUACUUCUUCAUCAACCCCAGCACCCUGCCAGAGUUGCCCACCCCCACAGUGAAGAAGCUGGCCAGGCGAGUGGAACUGGCUAUUCGCCGCUACUACACGUUCAACACCUACCCAGGCUGCACCGAUGCCACAUCGCCCAACUUCAACUUCCAUGCCAAUGCUGACGACGGCUCCUGUGAGGGUGCCAUGACCAACUUCACCUUUGGGGGAGUCUUCCAGGAGUGUGCUGGGCUGGCCGGCCCUGACACCAGUACGUUGUGCCGGGGGCUGGAGCAGAGGAACCCCCUUACUGGGGCUUUCUCCUGCCCCGCCACCUACACUCCAGUGCUGCUGGGCGUGCAGGAGCGGGAGGAAGGCCACAGCCAUCUGGAGUGCCACAAGAAGUGCAUCCUGGGCAUCUUCUGCCACCGUGAGUGCAGGGACAUCUUCUGGCUCUCCCGGGUGCAAUUCAGUGCCUACUGGUGUGCUACGAGUGGGCCAGUGCCCCCAAAUUCAGGAUACCUCUUUGGGGGGCUGUUCAGUGCCCACAGCGCCAACGCCAUCACCGGUGCCCAGUCCUGCCCCUCAGGGUACUUCCCACUGAAGCUCUUUGAUGAGCUGAGGGUGUGCGUGAGCCAGGAUUAUGAGCAGGGCAGCCAGUACGCAGUGCCCUUUGGAGGCUUCUUCAGCUGCCAGUCAGGGAACCCCUUGGCAGGGCGGCACCAGGGCACUGCAGAGGACCCCCAUGCCAAGAGCUGCCCCCCAGGCUUCAGCCAGCACUUGGCGCUCAUCAGCGAUAGCUGCCAGGUGGAGUACUGCGUCCAGGCUGGAGUCUUCACAGGGGGCUCACUGCCGCCCGCCCGCCUGCCACCCUUCACCCGGCCCCCCACCAACCUACCGACCAUCGACACUGUGCUGGUGAGCAGCGGGGAUGGGGACAACGCCUGGGUCAGGGAUGGGCAGAGCCACGCGUGGCGGCUGGCACAACCAGAAGAGGUCCAGCACGCAGCAGAGAUGGUGAGGGGCCGGGGGCUGACAGGGGGUGAGGUGGCGGGCGUCACUGCGGCAGUCCUGGCAGGGCUGGCCACUAUCCUGGCAACGGUCUGCUACAGCCACCGGAGGUACAAGGCGAGGGGGUAUCACACAGUGGGUGAAGGGGACAGCCUGGCUGCUGCAGGGCCCGAGGACAGCACUGUGCUGAGUGUGGGUGAGGGGUAUCAGCAAGAGUCGGAGGGGCUGAUGGCGUAAAAUUCCCCCUCCCUGCUCCCUGCAGUUGCCAGGCAACGCCUUCUGCCCCAAACCCAGGCAAAGCCCCCUGUUCACCCCCCUUUCCAGGGACAAAGCUAGGCAGCAGCACCAGCCCCCUGCCCUCGCCGCCCCGCAGCUAAAAGUCCCUGUUCCCAGACACCCCAGGCUCUCCCCUCCAUGGGGCGACACAUGCUCUUGCCCUCCAUCAGAUCCCCGGUCUCCAGCUCCAUGGAGACUCCAUGGCCCUUCAGACAUCCCUCCCCAACUGACCUCAGAGGCCAACCCCCAGGGUCAACCCAUCAUCAGGACCCAUCAUGAUCUCCCUCUGCCAGACCCUGUACCUCCAUGGUUGCAUCUCCCCGCUCCAAGCAGUGCCGCAGCUUUGCCCCUUCAGAGAUAAGUGAGUUUCCCUUCCACUGCAAGCCAUGCCCCAGCUGUCCCCACCACUGCAAAACCAGACAGGGGGACCUAGGGCUCUUCAACAAGCCACUGGAGAGCCAAAGGAGAAUGAAAUCCUGAGCGCAGCCACCUUCUUCCCCCCCCAAGGGUAGCCCCAAAAAGCCAGGGGAAGCUGUGGAAACCCCUCCCCUGACACACAGGAACACCAGUGGGACUCAAGCACAGUGGAGACUUGGUACUUAUAAGAACAUUGGGUGGGGAUGCAAGCUGGGGCCCAGUGCCUGGGAAAAGAGCCCCCAGCCCUCCAAACCCAGAGAGCUCCCCAGCUACUGCAAGCACCCAGUGCCAGCAGAGAGGCCCUCAGCAAGGCUUUGCCUCACAGGAAAGGAGGGAGCAGAGGGGUCCUGUGGGGACACCCAGAGUUAGCCACCGAUUCCUGCCCACAGCAACCAGAGGGCAACCCCUGUCUCCAUGUAUAUCUAUCGAGAUAGAUAUACACACGCAUGCAGAGAGGCACGGAUCAGUUUUAUUUCAGCCAGCAACUAAUUGCGUAGGCAACACAGCAUUAAAAAGGAAAAAAAAAAAAUAAAAUCAUUGUGUAAAGA